AAUAAAUAAAUAAUGUGUGCAAAAUUUAUGCAAAAACGAAAGCUUCGAGCGCUAAGCAAUAGCUUUUAGAAAGAUCUUGGUACCCUUAACAACCACAACAGCAACAACAUUAUCAGCACAGUUAACAACACAACAGCAACAAUAGCAACAACAGCAACUGGAAUCAGCAGCAAAAAGACUCUGGUGGCCACAGCAACGGCAACGGCAACGGCAACAACGACAAAGACUUUAAAUUCGACUCCGACUUCGACCCCGAGUUCCACUUCGACCCCGACUCUUAGCCAGAGUUUGCAGCAGAAGCACAACAACAACAAAAUGGAGCUGCUGAGCAGCCCAGCAAUAGCAACAACAGCAACAGCAACAACAACAGCAACGACUACAAAGCAGCUGCUGGCGCAGGAUUAUCUGAGCUACGCCUCCCCACCGACCUAUUCGCGUCUGCCGCCCGAUGGCCAUGAGUUUCCGCCCAACUUCAGUGAGCCGCUGAUUAUGCAUCCCCAAUCGCAUGCCACGCGCCUCAAAGCGGAGCUAAGCUUCGAGCACAAUAACAACAACAACAACAACAACGACAGCAACAACAAACUGGAGGCUGCACCGCCCCUGCCCAAAACGGGGCCACCGCCCACAGUGCCGCGCAAGAUGUAUCGCCAGGAUCUGGUCAUCAAUGUGGAGGAUGCGCGUCAAGCUGCACGCGCCACAGAGACGCCAACAAAAUUGGCAGCAACGCCAUCUAGCGGCGGCGUACGUGAUUACCAACGUUCCUUGAGCGCGAGUGCGCCACGCAAAUCCAGCGAUUGGCGCAAAGACGAAAAAUCGGAGAAAUCCGUACGCGACAAAAUUGCCAUGUUCUCAUCCAGCAACGAACUGGACACCAUUGCGCCGCCCACACCCAGCUCUAGCGCCAACCUCUCCAACGCUACCUCCACCUUCUCCCGCAAGCCGCUCAACAUGAGCAGCGAGAAUUUGUUGGAGGCCGCCUCCUCGACGCCACCACCGUCUCUGAAGACACGCGCCAUGAGCGUGGAGAACCUGAACGAUGCACAGCGUCAAUACCAGCUGGCCAAGCAGCUGCCGCAGCUGCACGUGGCCGAUUCCAUGUACUCGCUGCACACACUGACCAUGCCCAACAACAGCAGCAGCGGCAGCAGCAGCAGCAAUAGCUACAGUUACAAUUAUGCCUCGCUGCCGCGACGCAGCCAUGGAGGAGUUGCCUCAGCUGUGGAGCGCCGCAUCAGCUUCUCGGGUGAGGGCGAUGCGGCCACGCGCAAGGCGGCCAUCACCAAUAUACUGGAGCAGCGGCGUCGCAGUCUCUCCAAGCUGCGCGGCCUAGUCAUACCGGAGCGGCCGCAGCUGCUGGAGCCCAUACUGGAUUUGCCCGAGAUCAAGAGCCAGGUGAAGGCGGCCAGCGGUGAGGACUCCACGGACAGUGGCCUGGGCGAGACACGCCCACUCAGACACAACAUCAACAACAACAGCAGCAGCGGCGGCAACAGCAGCAGCAACAACAACAACAACAUAAGCAACUAUCGCAGCAUAUUUGCGACUGUUCAGCGUCGUCCGCUGGAGUCGCAGCUGUCGCAACCACCCGCAAAGCCGCCACGCACUUCGCUUGCCAGCGCCCUAAGCAUGCCCAGCAGGAUUAAUCUUUGCCAGCAACAGCCGCAGCAGCAGCAGCCGUUUUUGUUGGACCAGGAGAGCGACACAGAUUCGGUGUUCUCGAGCACGGCGCGUGUUCCCACGCCGCCAGAGAAGUUUGCGCUGACGCGCACGCUCAGCUCGGAGACAAACACUUCGAUAGCCAGCUCAAACACAUCCACGCUGACGUCGGGCUCCUCGGCCGGCUCCCAGGCCAGCUGCAGCUCUCUGGGCAGCACGCCCACAGUGGACCUAACGCGACGCGUGCUCAAGUGCCAGCUAAAUGGUAGCAUCAGUAGCAACAGCACUGAGCUGGCCUUAAGCAAUCGCAAGAGCAUCCUGGCGUCGGCCAAGUGCCGCAGCGCCAAGAGCCGCGGCCAGGACAACAGCAACGACAAUGACAACGACAGCACCGAUGGCGAGGCCUGCGUCCUGAACGGGCGUCGCCUCAAGUCCAGCUACAAGCAGCAGCAGCAGCAGCAGCAACUACAACAGCAGCAGCAGCAGCAACUACAACAGCAGCAGCAGCAACAACAACAACAUCAUCUGCUGGCCAAGCAGCUGGUGGUGGACAAGCUGAUAAAUGUGGCUGCCUAUGUGGAGCUCACUUCGGAUACGGACGACAGCAGCCGGCGCUCGGAUACGCCGGCCAAGAUCAGUGCCAUGUUCAUCGAUGAGGAGCGCAAGGCUAGCUUCAAGGCAGAUCCCACGCAGCAGGCCAAGCUGCGCGUGGUGCAGGCCAAGCCCGUGAUCAGCCCGAUGCCACAGCGCACACAGACACCAAAGCGGGAGCUGACACUGGGCACCACCAAGUCGCAGACCACAGCCGAGCUGCGCGAGAAAUUUGAGCGCAGUGCAGCAGCAGCUGCUGCGCCUCAAGUUCCGCUGCCCAUGCACAAGGCGCUUGCCACAGUUGUUGCCACGAAGCCGCAUCACGAACGCUUCAGUUCCCUAGACUCGCUGGCCUCCAGCUCGUCGGGCGUUAGCUCCACAACACAGAAUGUGAGCACCACACAGGAGACGGCCACCGAGUUUGGCAGCUUCUCAUCGCUGGGCAGCAAUCAGAGUUUGAUUACCGCACAAGAUGUGCAACAGAUUGUCGAGGAGGCCGAUCCGCCGCUCAAGACGCCCGAGGCCUUUAUCAUAGUGCUGCAGCGGGAUACGCCGGAGAGCAGCAUUGGCAUCACCCUGGCCGGUGGCUCCGACUACGAGGCUAAGGAGAUAACCAUCCACAAGAUACUAAGCAACACUCCGGCUGCCAAGGACGGACGCCUGAAGAAGGGCGAUCGCAUUCUGGCCGUCAAUGGCAUGAGCAUGCGCGGCCUGACCCAUCGCGAAUCGAUCAGCGUACUAAAGACACCACGACCAGAGGUUGUCCUAGUGGUGACACGCUCCGAAUCGUUGGUCAUCAAACCGCUGAACAAGAAACGCUCCUCGCUGGGCUCGCUCAGUUCGCUGAAUGAGAAGCCCACCGAGUUGGAUUACGAACGCAAACGCAACUAUCAUAAGGCCUCACGCUCUCUCGAUCUGGACCUGGACAUUGUAUCCAAUGAGGGCGGCGGCAGCGCCACAGUGCCCAGCACACCGAGCACGCCCAGCACAGGCACCAGCAGCCCCCAGCAGCCGGCCAGCCUGUUGGACGAGGUGAACGGCAACGAUGCGGAGGCCACCAUUGCCACCAUUCGAGCACGCCGCCAGCUCUCACGCGGCGAUGCGGCCAAGCUGAGCACCAGUGAGCUGCUUGAGCGCGCAGCAGAGGCUCGUCAUGCCAUAGCAGCUGAGAUUCGCGCGCAGGCUGAGGAUGCUGCUGCCGGCGGCGGCGCACGCUGCGUAGAAAUUGUCAAAGACAGCUGUGGACUGGGCUUCUCCAUAGAGGGUGGCUUUGACUCGCCGCUAGGCAAUCGCCCGCUGAUCGUCAAGAAGGUUUUCAUGGGUGGUGCUGCCCAGAAGACCAAUCAGGUGCGCAAUGGCGAUGAGAUCCUCAGCAUUAAUGGUGCAUCCACGGCGCGAAUGACCCGUGUUGAUGCCUGGAACUAUAUGAAACAGCUGCCGCUGGGUCCGGUCAAAAUAUCAUUGGCCUAAAGUUGAUAAGCUAAUAUGAUAAAUAAUGAUAUAGAACGCGCCACAAUUUCUUAGAUAUAAGCAAAAAGAUAUACACAAAAAACAAGUUGCGA